GUCAACUGCAUCGGACAAAUGCACCCCGAAUAUGAGAGUCAAAUUCGCAGCUUUUGGCUAGCUCCUAUUCUCUACCCCGCAGAGUAUGAUCACCCCAGCUUCUGACCCACUUCCCCAGGUCUUCAGACCCCAUGGGCGCCUCGAUGGGCCAUCCUCCGAGUGGCUGUCACCACUGCGCACCCUCGGCUGAGCGGGAAUUUAAUUUCCCAGUUCAACGUAUGACGGCUAUAUGUUAAGACGGCUCUUUUCCCUUGCGUCGUCGUUGGGCACUUACGGUCCUCAGUCUGUCUCUUUGUUGCUGAACUGUUCUCCUGUGCAAGAUGGCGCUUUGGUACGCAAUCGGCAUCGCGCUUUUUGCGGCGAUCGGGACAUUCCUUUUUGGCUUUGACACGGGGAUUGCAACGACAACAAUCGCCCAUGAGAGCUGGAUAAAUUACAUGGAACAUCCUUCGAAUGGCCUCACAGGAGCGGUUGUUUCUGUAUACAUUGCCGGCGAAGCUGUGGGUGCUCUGACCCAGACUGCCGUCGGAGAUAAACUGGGUCGCCUGCGAUUUAUGGAACUGUUAUGCAUAAUGGUUACAAUCGGAACCGUUGUUCAGACUGCCGCAGUUAACAUCGGGAUGUUCCUUGCCGGCCGUGUGUUGGCUGGCUAUGCUGUUGGGGGACUAGUCGCUACGGUUCCAAUAUACCUCAGUGAGAUUUCAGACCCACGUUAUCGCGGAUUGAUUGGUGGCAUCUCAGGCUGUGGCAUCGCGUUUGGAACGAUGGCUUCCAACUGGGUCGGAUAUGCCUGCAGCUUCGCUCCCUACGGGCCAGUACAAUGGAGACUGCCCCUUGGGAUACAAAUCCCUUGGGGUAUCAUCAUGUUCCUCGGGCUGAUCACAUUCAUGCCCGACUCCCCGCGUCAUUUGAUUCGAAAGGGAAAGGUUGAGCAAGCACGGGCGGAGUACAAGAGGAUCCGCCGCGAUUUACGCCCCGAUGAAGUCCACCAGGAGUUUACAGCCAUGGUUUCACAGAUUGAAUAUGAAAAGGAGCGUGAGAUAACAUCCUACAAGGAUGUUUUCAGGCUGUUCCGACGCCGAGCACUGGUAUCCAUUGCCGCUCAGACCAUGACGGCCCUCACCGGUGUGAAUGUUAUCCAGUAUUACCAAACAAUACUAUACAAGUCCCUCGGCAUCGACUCGCACACCAUCCUGGCACUAGCAGGCGUAUACGGCACCGUCGCCUUUCUCGCCAACUGCCUCACGACCAAAUAUCUAACCGACCAAUGGGGUCGUCGAAAAAUGAUCCUAUCCGGCCUCGGCGGAAUUAUCCUCAUCGAGAUCUACGCCGCCGUCAUGCAGCGGGAGUUCCAAAGCACAAAUAACCAAGUCGGGAAGGGGUUCGCCAUCCUGGGUAUAUAUCUUUUUGUCGUUGCGUAUUAUGGUAUGCUCAACAGUACAACCUGGCUCUACGGCGCAGAAGUCCUCCCCAUCGCCCUCCGGAGUAAAGUGAUGGGACUGGCAGCGGCAUCGCAUUUCAUAGUUAACGUCGCGAUCACCGAAGCCGGCCCCAGCGCCUUCGCCAACAUCGGCGAGAACUACUACUACGUCUUCGUAGCCUGCACGGUUUUCUUCUUCGUCGUGGCGUAUUUCUACUUUCCGGAAACGAAGCAAAGGACACUCGAGGAAAUUGCGGCGUCGUUUGGCGAUAAGGUUGUUGUGGCUGGCGAGGGAGGUGAGGAGGAGGAGGAGGAGGAUGAUGAUGAUGAUCUGGAUGGGAAAUGUGAUUCGCAGCGGGUGGAGGUGGUGGUUCAGGAAUAGCGGGUUGGUUGGUGUCUAUUGUAUUUGGGACUUGGAUUGUGGUUGGAUUACUGGUUUUUUUUGUUUGUUUGUGAUUGCGGAUUUAGGACUUAUGCGUGAGUACGACUUAUGAGGGAUGAAUCAAUGAAUGGCUG